AUGAGGCACUUCUCUUCUGGGAAAGAGAUCAUAAGGCCAGGGGUCACUAGGUUUGCUUCUACUUAUCUAACUUUGGAAAGCCUUCUAGACAAAAAGGAUCAACUGAGGAAGAUGGUGGUUGAUAGUAGAUGGGACAAGCUGAGAGAAGUUAAAUCAAAAAAGGGAAAGGCAGCAACAACUACGAUGAUGAGCAUGGCUUUUUGGAAAGAUUUGAAGCUUUGCCUCAAUGUCUUUGAGCCUUUGGUAAAAGUCCUUCGCUUGGUUGAUGGGGAUGUCAAGCCAUCUAUGGGCUUUGUUUAUGGAGAAAUAGUUAAGGCAAAGAAAGAGAUCAAGGAUGUCUAUGGCAAUGUGGAGUUACGUUACAAAGAUGUGAUUAAUAUUGUUGAGAAAAAGAUGAAAGAUCGACUUGACUCUCCAUUGCACUUGGCUGCAUAUUUGCUGAAUCCAUAUUAUAGUUAUGCUGAUACUAAUAUUUUUUAUGAUGGAACAAUAACCGAAGGGUUCAUCAGUUGUGUGGAGACCUUUUAUUAUGGUGAUGACGACAAGCAAGAUCAAGCUGUCAAUUUUGAAUUAAAGAAAUUCCAGAAUAGAGAAGGAUCAUUUGCAAAGAAGCUUGCGAGGAGUUGUCAGAAUUUUGAUUAUAAUGCAGCAUCUUGGUGGAGGCUCUAUGGAACUGAAGCACCGGCUCUACAAAGGAUGGCUAUUCAUACAAAGAAAAGAAAUAGGCUAACUACAGAACGUCUAAACUCUCUUGUGUUUAUACAAUUCAACUCAAGAAUGAUGGCCAAGAAACAAAUGAUCAAGGAGAAGAAGAUCACUGAUGUCCUCUUAUCUGCUGAAACUACCGAAGCUCAAGGUUUUCUUUUUGAGGGCGGAGACGAUUAUGCAGAAGUCGUCUAUAGGGAUGAUGAGGAGGAGAUGGAUAGUACAGGGAUGCCAGGGAGUGGCAUUGGAGAAACAAUGGGAGGUGAUGAACUGCUCGAGCCACGUAGAAGUGCGAGACUAAGACAACUUUAUGAAGAAGAAGAAUUCGAUUCUGAAGAAGAGGAGUUUGAUGAUGAGGAGGAGAUGCAUUCAGAGGAUGAGAAUGAAUAUUGA